ACGAUCAGUCCUGUCUCCGCAUUGAUAAACCUUUGUGGUGACUUACGACUCUGAUCUAUUUCUAAACAAGCUAGAUAUCAAACUGUACAGUGUAGAGCCUAACCAUGAUUAUAUCAUAAGUGUAAACUCUAGGACAGAUCAAAGCAGAGGGUUGAAAGGCUAAAUUGAGUUUACCUGAACCCUGGAGCAGGAUGGAUCAACAAGUGUUCAGCUAAAGGUUGAGUGAGGUUGAGGUAUCUGGGUAUGAAGGGAGUAAGAUGGAUCCAUCCUUUGAUCCUGAUCUGUGUGAACCCUGUUCUCCUGAUGGAUCAUUCCUACAGGCACAACAAGCACGACGUGCACUUUGCCGGGUUCUUCCCAACCUCUCUAGGAUACAUGGAGACCAGUAUAGGACAAGGAGUGAUGCCUGCAGUAAAACUAGCAAUCAGACAUGUGAAUAAAUCUCCAGUAGUUCUACCUCAUAAUAGGAUUAGAAUGCAUUGGAAUAAUACUGCUUGUAACCCUGGAGUUGGGUUGAAGUCCCUGUUUGAUAUGGUUCACCAGGAACCAAGGAAGGUUAUAUUAUUCGGAGAUGCCUGCAGUAAUGUAACUGAUCAGAUCGUCAAAGCUGCUCGUCAUUGGAACCUUGUUCAGGUAACAUAUGCUGACACUCACCCGAUGUUCACUGCCCGUAGCUUCCCGCAUUUCUUCCGCGUGGUUCCAUCUGAAAACCAGUUUAACAAUCCCCGGCUAGCCCUGCUCCGCCAGUUCAACUGGACACGUGUUGGUACCUUAUAUCAGAACGAAGCUCGUUAUUCUUUGGCACACAACGAUUUGAUUAUGGAACUCGAAUCAAAUGAUUUCGACGUCGUUGUGUCGCAGAGUUUCAAUGACGAGUUGACGACGCAGCUCGACGCCAUGAUGGAGAACGACGUGAGAAUCAUUCUUGGAAACUUUAAUCAAACUUGGGCCAGUGUUGUGUUUUGUGAUGCGUACAGGAAGAAAGUGUACGGAGAGAAGUUUCAAUGGUUGAUUGUUGGUAUGUACGAGUCAGACUGGUGGAGAAGAGAGGACCCAUCCUUGGAGUGUACUUCCGAGCAGAUAUUAGAAGCUCUGAACGGAACCCUGGUGGUGGAAAUUCAAACUAUAUCUUCCAACGGAAAUGCAACAACAAUUUCUGGAAAGACGCCUAUUGAGUAUGAGAGAGAGUAUGAAUCUGAAUCUCUGAAGGCAGCUCGGGAGUAUACCCGGAGAAAUAAAAGAUCCGACUCUCCACCCAAUAUUUACUCCAGGUUUCAUGGAUACGCCUACGACGGUAUCUGGGCAAUAGCCCUAGCAAUACAUGCAGUUAACGAGGAAGCUAAAUUAAACAACCAGACAAUGCUGGACUUCAAAUACAGGGAUGUAGAAUGGGAACAGAGGUUUAUUAAAGCUCUCAGUCUCACUUCUUUUCAAGGUGUAACGGGUCGAGUACAGUUCAAGGAAAAUAGUCGGAGAGGAACUAUACUUAUCAACCAAAUCAUAGGUGACGAGGAGAAAUGUGUCGGAGAAUAUUCCGGAGUAACAAGAACCCUACACAUGGAACGAUGCAACCAGAUAUCCUGGAACAAGGUUCCCAAGGAUCGAACUGUGACGAGGAUCGAACUGACAAGGGUUAAUCUGACGAUCUAUUCGAUCCUUGUAGUGGUAGCUUCUCUUGGAAUAGUUACAGGAUUAGGUUUCCUAGCUGUCAACAUCAAGUAUAGGCAUCAAAAGCAAAUUAAGAUGAGUUCUCCGAACCUGAAUAAUCUAAUCAUCAUUGGAUCUAUUCUCUGCUACACCAGUGUUAUUAUACUAGGCCUGGAUUCUACACUCACAUCUCAGGAUAGUGAACUAGAGAACAUAUUCAUGCAUCAUAGAAUAGACCUGGAACCAGGUUUAAUCAAUAACUUGAAUAUCUCCAUGGUUAGUAUAAUUAAUAUGAUGAUUAAGAUGUAUUUUCAAUAUGACGGUAUCUCCAUGAUAAUAGAACUACGACGGGAUCCAUUGGGUGUAUCGGCCAAAGAGAAACCUCACAUUAGAUCCGGGGGUAACAAAGUCAAGGUUAACUCUACUCUACAAUCUCUAGAUGAUAAACUUAGGAUUGCAAAUAAGGUGAAGAGUAAGUAUCAGGGUUUAAGGUUGGAGAAAGAUGAGAUCCUUGAGUCAAUGUAUAGACAGGUUGGAGAUGAAGCUCAAGCUAUUCUACAGAACGGAGGAACUAAACGAGCUCUAGAUAUACCUAAAGGUGACGUAUCCCUGGUUAGAGUAGAAGAAGGAGAACAUAGUUUCUGUUUAUCUGAACCCAGCAGCUCCAAGGAGAGCGCAGACUCAGAUGAAACCCGGAAACUGGGACCUAACUCUCCUCCUCUGGGUAAGAUGAGACCUGACGGACCAGGUUCAAUCAAGGAGAAGAGUUCAACCAAUGGAAUGGUUUUGAAUGACGGAAAACUGAGUGUUGGACACUCAACUAACUGUGAUAUGAAUCAAACUUAUCAGGAUAACGUGGAGAAGGAGACACCGCUGCAAUCAAUCAAUCAAUCAAGAGAGAAAAUAUUUUCCCCCAUUAAUGAUACACAACCUGAUAAUAACUCUGUACAAAUGCUUCCUAGACAACUCUCUGAACGGGUCAAUCCCGCUAAUCCUGGUCUACUAGGAGACAGAACAAACCAGGAAUAUUCGGUUAAAUGCCGAUCCCAGGAUUUAAAUCUUUCAGACAACCUUGAAUCUGGUUGUCAAUCUAAUCAGAUUUUCCAAGUUGCUGCGGGCACCUGGAGCGGAGACAAAUCUAAUCUAUCCAGGAGACAAAGCUGUCCUUGUCAUGUUAGACAUCCGGUUUUACACUCUCCGGUAGGAUGGCACACCCCACCUAACCAGGAUAUCUGGGAUUCCCCUGGUUUACCUCCGGAGGAAGGUUGGAUCUCUCCGCCUCCUGCUCCACCCUCAGGUUGGAACUCUCCCAGCAGCUGCAGCUGUAGCAGUGCAGACCAAGAGCUUCCAAUCAGCUGUUUCCACAAUGAGAGUCAACUUCACUGCUCCCACUCCUCUCCUCUUAACAUUGAGUGCUCGCAUCGAGCAUCUAGAGGACUGGAUUCCUCGAAUUCUCAUCUCUCCGAGUCCUGCUGUAGGCAUGGGAGCGAGCACUAUACAGAGGAAGGAUUCGGAGAUGCUGUAGAUGAAGAGAAUACUUAUUACAGGGUUGGAUGUGUAUCCGACCAGGGAGAAAGUACUCUAGAGGAUCAAGCAACACAAACUGAUGAUGAAGCAGAAGAUGAUCCACCGAUUAAACUCAGACGACCAACAAACUUCAAAAAUGGAGGAGUUCUCUGGAGUCAAGUUAGAUCACAAGAGGAGUUGAGUUCAGGAUUUCAAAGCUUGAAAAUAAAUCAGCAGGAGCUGGAAAUGAAGGGAAGCAUAAAACGACCAAAAACAAAGACGAAGAACUCUGCCGUGACUGCCGCGCCAAUAUUUCAAAGGUUGUUGGAUGGAGAGGAUACGCGGCAAUUAUCUAAACUGGUCUCGUGCCCAAAUAUUGCUGUUAAGUGUGAUAUAGUGGAAUAUUUGUAGAUAGUGUCACCCUGCCGGGUAUAUAUAUUUUACAAAACUCUACCCCACGCAAUUUAAUUAGGUUUUCUACGCUCUCUAAUUUUCGAAGAAAAGAAUGUGUGAGGAUAAAUACUUAUUAACGCGCACAAAUUUGAUUAAGGAACUCAACGCCUGUCUAAAACAGUAAUUUUCUAAUCCCUAUAUCUUUGCAACCUGACUGUGUAAACCUUUGAAUUUCCAUCUUGGACUAUUUGAUUUAAAAGCAUUUAUUGUGUGAAGUUUCAAAGGUCUAAGGCAUGAGAUUAAAAAGAUUUUAGAAUGAUAAAAUUUUAGUUUUAGGCAAGUGUUCAGUUUGUUUGAUGUUGUAUGAUGUUGUAUGAUGU